AAUGCCAUUAUAAUCACCAAAUAAUGACUGAGUAACAGAACGUUUUCACUUGAUUAUAGCAGUGAAGUUGUUACUUGUUUCAUUUUGCAGUGCUAUAACUGACUCUAACUCUUGGUGUCACUGUCCACCAAGCGAGGCCGAACAUGUUCACUGCUUCAUCCAAUCUUCACCACCAUUGCAAAGCGUUAUUGUGGUGCGGUGUGUCUGUCGGUUAAGGACUAUACAAAAAGCCUACAUUGUGAUGAUAUUCGGAUUCAUUAAUUACAACGAGGAAUACAACCGUUUUUGAUCAUCUGGAAAGAAUUUCCAAGGAAAGGAUUUAUGUUUGAUCGAUUAUGGGGAAUACAGUGAACAGAAGAUUUUCUCUGUAUCGCCUUUGUGUUUUUUUCUUUUUCAUCGGCCUGCGUUUCGUGUUUGGAGAUGUGAGCUACUCUGUUGCGGAGGAGAUGAAACGCGGGUCUGUGAUUGGAAAUAUAGGCAAAGAUCUCGGCCUCGGAAUCGCCACACUUUCCUCGCGUAAAGCUCGAAUUGACACAGACGGGAAUGACAAGCGGUAUUCUGAUAUUAAUCUAAGCACCGGAGAUUUGAUUGUUACUGAGAGGAUCGACAGGGAAAGUCUUUGUGGUAAGAAGGCGACCUGCAUUUUAAAAGAGGAACUUGUUUUGGAAAAUCCUUUAGAGCUCCAUCGUAUCAGCAUUCAUGUGCAAGAUAUAAACGACAACGCCCCACUGUUUAGUGAAGACUUGAUUUCAUUUGAAAUAACAGAAUCAGCAGACAAAGGAGCUAGAUUCUUACUCACAGAUGCCCAUGAUGCAGAUGUUGGUACAAAUACUGUUCAACGUUACAGUUUACAGAAUAAUGAGCAUUUCACCAUUAAUGUGGCUACAGAGGGCAGCGGACGGAAACACUCCGAAUUGGUUUUGGUAAAAGAGUUGGACCGAGAGCACGAGAACGAACUGAAAUUACUGCUCACAGCUCUAGAUGGUGGUUCUCCACAGAGAUCAGGUACUGCGAUCAUUCACGUCACUGUGCUGGAUGCUAAUGAUAACGCCCCAGUGUUUAGUCAGGCCGUUUACAAAACCAGCCUGCCUGAAAACUCUCCUGUAGAUACACCAGUUGUUACAGUGAGCGCUACUGAUGCAGACACUGGAGCCAAUGGCGAUAUUACCUACAGUUUUGAUCAUACAUCUGACGAUCAUGUCUCUUUGUUCUCACUUGAUCAUAAGACAGGAGAGAUUCGAGUUAUCGGUUCUAUCGAUUAUGAGAGUGAGCGAUCAAUCGAAAUGCGAAUAAGAGCAAAAGACGGACCAGGUCUGACCUCCUUUUGCACAGUACUUUUAGAUGUAACAGAUGUCAAUGACAACCCACCUGCUAUCAGUUUAAAAUCACUGACUAAUCCCAUACCUGAAAACGUGUCACCUGGUACAGAGGUGGGCAUCAUUAACGUGCAGGAUAGAGACUCCGAGAAUAACCGACAGGUCCGCUGCUCCAUUCAGGAAAACGUCCCUUUUAAGUUGGUUCCUUCUAUUAAAAACUAUUAUUCUCUAGUGACCACAGGACAACUGGACCGUGAACUAGUGUCUGAUUACAACAUUACAAUCAGUGCCACUGACGAGGGCUCUCCACCUCUGUCCUCUUCUAAAACUGUUCAGUUAUCUGUAGCAGACAUCAACGACAACCCACCUGUGUUUGAGGAACAGUCCUACAGCGCAUAUGUGACUGAAAAUAACAAACCUGGCUCCACUUUAUGUUCCGUUACUGCUCGAGACCCCGACUGGAGACAAAACGGUACAGUGAUUUAUUCUCUGUUAGCCGGUGAGGUGAACGGUGCCCCGGUGUCCUCCUAUCUAUCUGUUAACGGAGACACGGGGGUGAUCCACGCUGUGAGGUCGUUUGAUUUUGAACAGUUCAGGAGUUUUAAAGUGCACGUGAUGGCCAGAGACAACGGUUCUCCUCCGCUCAGCAGCAACGUGACCGUCAGUGUCUUCAUAUCGGAUGUGAAUGACAACUCUCCUCAGAUACUGUACCCCGCCCCGGAGGGCAACUCGUUCAUGACCGAGCUGGUCCCCAAAGCUGCACACGGAGGCUCUCUGGUGUCCAAAGUGAUGCGGUGGACGCGGACUCCGGACAGAACGCCUGGCUGUCCUAUCAUAUAG